UUUUUUUGCGGUAGCCACUAUUGUUAUCUGUUAGUGACUCUAAUAAGUUAAUAGUUAAAUGGAAAUGAUAAAACGGAAAUCAACAACUGAGAGUAAGUAAGACCGUUUAUUGUGAAUUUGUCUUGGUAUAUUAUUGAGUUAUUUGAUACAUAGAAACCUUACGUGGAUUCUCUCAAUUACCGGCCCAAUAACAUAAUUUCAGGGAAGAUUUAGACCCACUUAAUGUUCAACAAACAGGAGACAAGCCUGGUGGUCUAAAGAUAUUCAUGAUAAUUUGAAUCUCUUCACUUUCUCUGAUACACUAUUUCUCUAUGUCAACUUCUAGCCAAAUGUUGUGGUGUAUUGCAUUUAUACUUGCUUUGAACUGUCUCGUUCAAUGCGCCGAAAUAAGUCCUCCACGGACAGAUACUGGAAAAAGUCCGACUACUGAAUCGGAGGAAAAAAUGCCAAACACUGUGUCAAGGCAAACAAGGCCCGAGCCACAAACGAUUAAGACAACGAGUAAAAAUUCACCUCAAAAGCCUGUGACCCCAGCGCCGGUGAAUGAAUUUGCGCUCAACGACAUACUCUUCAGAGGACGACAAUCAAAUGAAGCAAGCGCCUUCCUUAAAGCAAACGAACAAAGGGGGAAACAACUAGAGACAACGUACGAACAUAUACGUGAACAGGAUUUGGACGACAUUGAGGCGUUAGUUCGGAGAAGAAGUCGGUUACGGUUUUUCCGACGUUAAUUUAAUAGGUCGAAUGGGUUUCGCCACUUCUUAAAAUAAUAUUAUUGAAUAUAUUUCCUCUUUAAAAUCAUUUGGAGAAAGCAGGGACAUUGUCUCUACGAGACGGAGGGAUAGUACGGAAUAGAGAGAGUGGGAGUAUUUAAUUCUAGACGGGAAGGGUGGUUAACUCAGUUCGACUGCUAAAGGCUGGGAAAGAAGGGGAAGGGGAAUUUCCCUAUGACAACGAUCGCAUUUUGAGCUCGAAUUGAACUUUCUCCUUUUCCAGUCCUAUCUAAACCCGCCAUGCUCGCAGGUUGGUUUCUAAGAUAAACUUUGAUUAGACUGAACUUUGAUUUUACAUCAGUGAUAAUUGAAUUCAAAUGAUUGAAUUCGCAAGAAAUAAUGUUUGCAGUGCUUUAAAUUUCCAUGAAUGUUGUGUCACCUUCAUUUAAACUUUGGUUUCCCCAUAUUUUAUAUUUACUUUAAAAUAAAUUCUGCCGUUGAGGUUACAGUUAAUGAAGCGACAUUAUGCAAGUCAACGUAUUUAAAACAUUGUGACUUAU